AUGCGACUCCGCUCGCCUCCAGCCGCCCGGAGCUCCCCGGCGCCGCGGGCAGCGUCCUCCUCCGACGCGGCGGCGCCGGCACCGGGCCAGCCUGGACCUUCGUGCCCUGCUCCCGGGGCCUCGCGCGAGGGGCGCCCCGGGACACCCCCGGAGGAGGAAGAGGCGGCGGCGGAGGAGGAGGAGGAGGAAGAAGAGGUGGACGCGGACCUCUUCCCUCGGCGGAACACCUGGCUGCGCUGCUGUCACUUUUCUGUAACCGGGAGGACGCGAGAGCUGCCCGGCGUCAUGGGGGGCUGCGAAGUCCGGGAAUUUCUUUUCCAAUUGGGCUUCUUCUUGCCCCUGCUGACGGCGUGGCCCGGCGACUGCAGUCACGUCUCCAGUAACCAAGUUGUGUUGCUUGAUACAACAACUGUGCUGGGAGAGCUAGGAUGGAAAACAUAUCCAUUAAACGGGUGGGAUGCCAUCACGGAAAUGGAUGAACACAAUAGGCCUAUUCAUACAUACCAGGUAUGCAAUGUAAUGGAACCAAACCAAAACAAUUGGCUUCGUACAAAUUGGAUCUCUAGAGAUGCAGCUCAGAAAAUUUAUGUGGAAAUGAAGUUCACUCUGAGAGAUUGUAACAGCAUCCCAUGGGUCUUGGGAACUUGCAAAGAAACUUUUAAUCUGUACUAUGUGGAAUCAGAUGAGUCCCACGGAAUCAAAUUCAAACCAAGCCAGUAUACAAAGAUCGACACAAUUGCUGCGGAUGAAAGUUUUACCCAAAUGGAUCUAGGUGAUCGCAUUCUCAAACUCAACACUGAAAUUCGAGAGGUUGGACCUAUAGAAAGGAAAGGAUUUUAUUUGGCUUUUCAAGACAUUGGAGCAUGCAUUGCUUUGGUAUCUGUUCGUGUUUUCUACAAAAAGUGCCCCUUCACUGUUCGGAACUUAGCCAUGUUUCCAGACACUAUUCCAAGGGUUGACUCUUCCUCUUUGGUUGAAGUAAGAGGCUCUUGUGUGAAGAGUGCAGAAGAGCGUGACACUCCUAAACUAUAUUGUGGAGCUGACGGAGAUUGGCUGGUUCCUCUUGGAAGAUGUAUUUGCAGUACAGGAUAUGAAGAAGUUGAGGGUUCUUGCCAUGCUUGUAGACCGGGAUUUUACAAAGCAUUUGCUGGGAAUACAAAGUGUUCUAAAUGCCCACCACACAGUUUAACGUACAUGGAAGCAACUUCUAUCUGUCAGUGUGAAAAGGGUUAUUUCCGAGCUGAAAAAGACCCACCUUCUAUGGCAUGUACCAGGCCACCUUCAGCUCCUAGAAAUGUGAUUUUUAACAUCAAUGAAACAGCUCUUAUUUUGGAAUGGAGCCCACCAAGUGAUACAGGAGGGAGAAAAGAUCUCACGUACAGUGUAAUCUGUAAGAAAUGUGGCUUCGACACUAACCAGUGUGAGGACUGUGGUGGAGGACUUCGAUUCAUCCCAAGACAUUCUGGCCUAAUCAACAGUUCUGUGAUAGUACUUGACUUUGUGUCUCACGUGAAUUACACCUUUGAAAUAGAAGCCAUGAAUGGAGUUUCUGAGCUGAGUUUUUCUCCCAAGCCAUUCACAGCUAUUACAGUGACCACGGAUCAAGAUGCACCUUCCCUAAUAGGUAUGGUAAGGAAGGACUGGGCAUCCCAAAAUAGCAUUGCCCUAUCAUGGCAAGCACCUGCUUUUUCCAGUGGAGCCAUACUGGACUACGAGAUCAAGUACUAUGAGAAAGCCUACCCACGGAUAGCGCCGGCAUUUGGGCACUACCUGCGGGUAGAAGAACAUGACCAGCUAACCUAUUCCUCCACAAGGUCCAAGGCCCCGAGUGUCAUCAUCACAGGUCUCAAGCCAGCCACCAAGUACAUAUUUCAUAUACGAGUGAGGACUGCAACCGGAUACAGUGGCUACAGUCAGAAGUUUGAAUUUGAAACAGGAGAUGAAACUUCUGACAUGGCAGCAGAACAGGGACAGAUUCUCGUGAUAGCUACGGCAGCUGUUGGGGGAUUCACUCUCCUCGUCAUCCUUACUUUGUUCUUCUUAAUCACUGGGAGGUGCCAAUGGUACAUAAAGGCCAAAAUGAAAUCAGAAGAGAAGAGGAGAAAUCACAUGCAGAAUGGACAUUUGCGUUUUCCAGGAAUUAAAACUUACAUAGAUCCAGAUACUUAUGAAGAUCCAUCCUUAGCUGUUCAUGAAUUUGCAAAAGAAAUUGAUCCCUCAAGAAUUCGCAUCGAGAGAGUCAUUGGGGCAGGUGAAUUUGGAGAAGUCUGUAGUGGGCGUUUGAAGACACCGGGGAAAAGGGAGAUCCCAGUUGCCAUAAAAACUUUGAAAGGUGGCCAUAUGGAUCGGCAAAGAAAAGAUUUCCUGCGAGAAGCUAGUAUCAUGGGUCAGUUUGACCACCCCAAUAUCAUUCGCCUAGAAGGUGUUGUCACAAAAAGGUCCUUCUCAGCCAUUGGAGUGGAGGCAUUUUGCCCAAGCUUCCUGCGGGCAGGAUUUUUAAAUAGCAUCCAGGCCCCAAAUCCAGUGCCAGGGGGAGGAUCUUUACCCCCCAGGAUUCCUGCUGGUAGACCAGUAAUGAUUGUGGUGGAAUAUAUGGAAAAUGGAUCCCUAGACUCCUUUUUACGGAAACAUGACGGCCACUUCACGGUCAUCCAGUUGGUGGGUAUGCUCCGAGGCAUUGCAUCGGGAAUGAAGUAUCUUUCUGAUAUGGGCUAUGUUCAUCGGGAUCUAGCGGCUAGGAAUAUAUUAGUCAACAGCAACCUAGUAUGCAAAGUUUCUGACUUUGGUCUUUCCCGAGUACUCGAAGAUGAUCCAGAAGCUGCUUAUACGACAACUGGUGGGAAAAUUCCCAUCAGGUGGACAGCCCCAGAAGCCAUUGCCUACAGAAAGUUCUCCUCAGCCAGCGAUGCAUGGAGCUAUGGCAUUGUCAUGUGGGAGGUCAUGUCUUACGGAGAGAGACCUUAUUGGGAAAUGUCAAACCAAGAUGUCAUCCUGUCCAUUGAAGAAGGGUACAGACUUCCGGCUCCCAUGGGUUGUCCAGCAUCUCUACAUCAGCUGAUGCUCCAUUGCUGGCAGAAGGAGAGAAAUCACAGACCGAAAUUUACUGACAUUGUCAGCUUCCUUGACAAACUGAUCCGCAAUCCCAGUGCCCUUCACACCCUGGUUGAGGACAUCCUUGUGGUGAACGGACUCCACAGCCAGUGCCCGUCCACAGAGCUCUCCAACUGCUCCAUGGCCGUCGAAGCGGGCAGAAUGCCGGAAUCCCCUGGUGAAGUUCCUGAAUAUCCCUUGUUUGUCACUGUUGGUGACUGGCUGGAUUCCAUAAAGAUGGGGCAAUAUAAGAAUAACUUCAUGGCAGCAGGGUUUACAACUUUUGACUUGAUUUCAAGAAUGAGCAUUGAUGACAUUAGAAGAAUUGGAGUCAUACUCAUUGGACACCAGAGACGAAUAGUGAGCAGUAUACAGACUUUACGAUUACACAUGAUGCACAUACAGGAGAAAGGAUUUCAUGUAUGAAAGAACUACAAGUACCUGUGUCUUGUGCCUCAGCAUUUCUAAAAUGAAAGAUAUCCUCUCUACUACCCUUUCUUCAGAUUCUUCAGACAUCACUUCACAAACUGCAGUCUCCUGUCCUCCAGACUAUGGGCACACACCUUUUGUUUAUGCUUCCAACCUGAAUUUUAAAACCAUGCUUUAUAUUUCCUCUCUGAAUGAUGUAGGGGGAACAAAGACCCUUGCCUAGUGCAGAUUAUUACUGCACAAUGGUAAAUAACUCAGCAUGGAUGUGUAACUUUAUAUAAUGGUCUUUGGAAAGUGUUCACAGAUUUGACCCAGAGGAAUUUGUGCAGGUAUAGCUUCUUUGACUUCUGAGUAUGAUGAGAGUCGAGAAUUAGUUAACUUUUUUUUUGGCUUUUUGGGUCACAGCAGGCGAUGCACAGGGGUUACUCCUGGAUCAUGCCCUCAGGAAUUACUCCUGGCGGAGCUCGGGGGAUCAUAUGGGAUGCUGGGAAUCAAACCCGGGUUGGUUGAGUGCAAGGCAAACGCCCUACCCGCUGUGCUAUCACUCUAGCCCCAAUAGUUAACUUUUUAAUCAUGUUUUGUGAUCAAGUAGCUUACAAAUUGGCAUUAUUUUCAAAUAAUUACAGUCAAAUACAGGGAUCUUAUCAUUAUUUUAUAAUAGCUUAAUUGCUUAAUGUCUAAUAUCAGAGUUGUAGUAAUGGCCAAUUAUUUAAUGUAAUGAAUUCUUUGUCAGGCAUCAAUAUCUUGAAAAGAGAGUUGAUCAGUGAGAGAAAGGGUGGAACAGACUGUAUUUUUAGACCGUCUAAGGCUUGCUUUGUCUAUUUCUUAAAAUUACUUUUAUAGUUUCCUGCAUAUUUCACAGUAGAUUGUAGUUUAGAACUUCUUCCCCUGUAAUUUUUUACUGAUGAUAUAGUAUAUUUCUCUACUUCCUUAUGAAUAUUGCCCUGGAAUGACCUGGGAUAAGUAAAUUAUUCUAGUGACUUUCAUAGAGUGACAUAUAGAAUAAACCAUGGCUAUCCCUGGCAUCAUCUUCAGAAGUUUCUAAAUGUAAUAAUCAAAGCACUGAAAAAAUUCUCAGAGAAAUUUCUUUGAACCAAAACAAAAAGAUUAUAGCCUCAGGUGUAAGAAGUUAUUUAAUUUUUUAAGUUUUAUGGCUAUAUCGUAGCCCAAGAAAAUUAACACAUCUAUUUCGCUUACUGUGUAUUUUGCAGUUUAAGAGUGUUUAUGUAUUGGUACCAAAAAUAAGUUACAUAAACAUGCUGAGUUAUUUUCCAAACCUUUCAAGAGAAAAGUAAAUGCUAUUGCGUACUUCAAAGACAUUAUAAACAAAUAUACCUAUACCACCUGAGCAUAUGUAAAAACUGUCAGAUUGGUUCAAUAAUACCAUAACUUUAACACAGCUAAGAUGUAUAGUCAUGACCUUCUCAGAAGUUGGAAAAAUGUCAGUGAAUUAAGCUAAGUCAAUUCAUCAAAAGAGUACCAUCUGAAAAUUCAAUUAUUCAAUCAACUAUACCCUGUGGUACUAAAAAUAUAACUGCUUUGCAAGGUAGAAGAGUAGGAAUUAUGCUUCUGAGAAAGAAAAAAAUCGGUGAUGUAAUAAUGAUGCUUAUUUAGUAAAUAUGGGUUUCAUUUCUUCUCAUAGAUAAUGUGCCCUACCCACACUGGCAAGUAAGUUUCUACAUAAGUAACAUUUGUGUGUGUGUAUAGUAACUUUCUUACUAUUAGAUAGACUCACUUUUUCUUUUAUUCCUUCUUUUAAGACUCACUGAUUAUCCCAAUAGGCUAUAUCCUGACACCUGUUCUCUCUUGCUGACUAUCUCAUGAUUUUUUGCCUACUACACCACAGAUUAAUUUUGCUCAUUUAACAAACUGCAUAGAUUUGGAAGGAAGAGUCUUUAAGCAUUCCUUAAAGUGAACUUUAAAAAGGAAAAUAUGGGAACGUCAUCAUUUUGUAAGUAUGUCAGAAAUAGCUAGCAAUGUUUUCUAGUCAUUACCUGCAUGGUCAUGCAUCAUCAUAGGCUUAUCUGCGGUGGUUUACUUAAUACAUUUACACAAACCUGGAUAUAUUUAGAGAAAAUAUAAAAUUUCCAUAUUUACCUGUCUUCAAAUAUAUAUUAUGAGCAGAUUUAAAACAGAUAAAAUUUAUUAAUCACAUAUAUUUAUUUUUAUAAUGCAAUAAGAAAAGAUAUUUAGAAAAUAAAGAAUAAAGUAAUUAUGGUCUUCCAUAGCAACAUCUGUAUACUUUGAUGAAAUAAAUUCUAUAAAGUAAACUUCUAUGAGAUGGGCAUUCAGUGCUUGCAAGAUUAAAAUUCUUUGUUAAGAAUUUUCUUUCAAAAACUUCAAUGAUCCUAUUUUAUGUAAAUUUAUCAACUUUUUCUUUAUUAACAUAGUAUUAUAAAACUGACUUUUCACUUUGUCUCUUAUACCAAAUUCUCUUUAAAAUGUUUUUUAAAUUACAUUUAUACUUUUCAAAACUGAAAGCAUGAUAACUAAGUAUAAUUUGAAACCUCAUUAUGGUUGGAGCAAGACAGAAAUAUCUGAGCUAGAUUAAAAACUAAGAAUCUCCAUGUCUUUACUGCCUACCAUUCAGAAACCACUAAACUCAAUGGCACUAGAAUAUCCAGAAAAAAAUUACAGUAAAAUUGCCAAAUUCAUUUGAAAAUUAUAAAGUAUUUUAAGAUUAACUAGUGUAAAUAUUCUAUAAUUAAAAUGAUUUAAUAUGCAUAAGCAUAGGACUUAUAGAAAAUGCAUAACUUCUACAAGCCUCUGUAAUAACCCUUAAAAACUAGAAUAUGCAUAUACAGUAAAAUAUCUGCUUUACUUAAAAUUUUUUAAUCUAUAUUACUGAUGGGACUUUUUAGAUUUUGAAAUUCAGGCAGUCACGGAAAUUAUUGUAUAUUGAGUGGUCAGUUUCCAUCUAUAGUCAACUCAUUAUCUCAUAGUAUAAGAUAUUUUCAGAAGAAAAUGUACAAACUAUAUACAAUCAAGAAAAGAUAUUAGGUAUGUAAAUUAUUAAACUGAAAAAGCAAUCAGAAAUUGCAAAUCUCUUAGCUUAACAAGAAUCAAGAAUUACAGCACUUUUGUACUGCUAUAACUGCUGAUAACUAUGUUCUGCAUGCCAUAAUCAAAAGAGAUUUAUCUUAUUUCACAGAGUAUUACUCUUUAAAAGCUAUUCAGCUGUCACCUGGGGAGAUGGGGAAAUCAACAUUCCAGCUAUAAUUUUAAGGCCUAAAACAGUCCAUGAAUGUAAAGAAUCCAAACCCAGUUCUUGAAAUGCAAACUUUAUAGAAGGUCUUCUGAAGAGGUGCGGAAGAAUGAGAUACCUCUCAUCUAUAUCCUAAUCAGGUUUCCUAAAAAUAUUUAGUAUCUUUUCCUCUCAAAUUUCUGCUAUGUAAAGCAGUCCAUAAAUCUCUAUCACGAGCCUUUUAUUCUCUUUAUUUUUAUCCCAUUAUUUACUGUAUCACUGUCAUCCCCUUGCUCAUCUAUUUGCUCUCUCGGGCACCAGUAAUGUCUCUAUUGUGAAACUUGUUACUGUAAGCUAAUCCGCCAUGGGUAGUUUGCCAGGCUCUGCCACGUGGGCAAGGUACUCUCAGUAGCUUGUCGGGCUGUCCGAGAGGGGCGGAGGAAUAGAACCCAGGUCAGCCGAGUGCAUGUGCAAGGCAAAAGCUCUACUCGCUGUGCUAUCGCUCCAUUAUUAAAAGUUUUAAAGCUUCAUUUCUCAGCCACCUUUCUUCUUUCUUUUCCUUCAUCCCAUCUCUCCUACUUCUAUCACACCACUACAGAUAUUAGCAAAACAAAGGUAUCAUAGCUAAUCUUUAAAGAUCUUCCUUUAAUGUUCAUAGUAUCAUUUGCACUCACAGAUUGUUUUGAUUUCUGAUUUUUUACUAACUGGAUAUUAAGUACUUUUAAAAAUAAUUUUGGAAUAGUUAAUCAUGAUCCUUUUCCAUAGUUUUAUCUAAGGAGAUUUUUUUGUCGAUUUCUAAUAAAUUAGUGUUACAAUAAUAAAAAACUGAUUCGAAAUCACAUAUGAUAUAUGUAUAUAUGCAUAUAUUUGUCUUUAUUUAGAGAUUAGAAAUACUGUGUGACCUUUUAUAGUAUAAUCAUUUAAUUCUUAUCAUGUUCAAAUUCCACUAGUAGAGACUCAUUCACAUCAAUCCAAAAUAAUUUCAAUAAUUUUUAAAAAAUGUUUUUUGUUUGUUUUUGUUUGGAGGCCACACAGAGUGGUGCUCAGGGUUUAUUCCUGGUUCUGUGUUCAAGGAUUACUCCUGGCAGGCUCAGGGGACCAUCUGGGGUGUCAGGGAUUGAACCCAGGUCUGCUGCAUGAAAGGCAAGUGUCCUAUCCACUGUAUUAUCCCUUUGGCCCUUCUAGCCUAUAUUUUAAUAAUAUUUAUAUGAAGAUUUGAAAAAGUAGAAAAGUAAACAUGGUCAAAGUGAUGCUAUUUUUCCAUUAGUAUACAAAAAACUGAACUCAUCUAACAUUUAGCUUUUAUGAUCAACAUUUCCAACUCAGUUUUUUUGUUUUUUAUUGGGUUAUUUUUUGGGGGGGUUGGGGAUUCACAUCUAGCUGUGCUCAGGGUUUACUCUUAGCUCUGUGCUCAGGGAUCAGUCCUGGCAGAGCUCAGGGGACCGUAUGCGGUGCCAAGGAUAGAACCCAGGUAAGCCGCAUACAAGGCAAUUACACUACCUGCUGUAUUAUCACUCCAGCCCCUCCAACACAUUUUUGAUAUUUAAAAUAUUCCAAAAAGGCAGUAUAAACUUUACUUAGCUCAAUUUAACAACUGUAUAGAGGGUCUCUCUUAUACAUAUAAAAAAUUAAAGCUGAUUUUCACUGUACUGUCCUUAUCUUCAAGUAACUUUUAACAUAGGACAGAAUCCCUUUGCUAUGUUAGUAGUGAUUGUAGUAUCACAUGGAAUUAGAUCUUUCCAUGGAACAAAAAUACAUUAAUAAAAUAAAUCAGAGCUUGUCCUACAUGAAUUGUAUUUGUGGUUUCUUCAGAAAGAAAUAUGUUGGACCUCACCUUCUCAUAGGAUUCUUCCAAACACUCUAUAUAUACUAGAAUCUCCAAAACAAUCUCACUUGUUAACAGACAUUUCCCUCAUUGUCACAGAUUUCUUUAAAAGGUAAAUUUUUCAGUUCAUGUAGAUUCAUUAUUCAAAGAUGCUUGCAAUUAGAUAGUACCAGUCAUUUUCAGAAAGUAAUUCUAAAAUAAUCUCUUGCCCAAGACAAUUCCAUGGCCCAAAUAUAUGUGGUAUGAACCUUCAAUCACUGCAUAAAAGUCAGACACAUAUUUAACAAGGGAGAGACAUUGUUACUCAUGGCUAGGUAUAACAUAUUAACAUAUAAAAUCAAGAAAGAUAAAAAUCUUUUAUUGCACAAAGUAAAUACCCCCAUCUUACUCUUACUAUUCCAUUAAAAAGUUAAGAAUCUGAAAAUACUUUGCAGAUUUCUUAGAAUGAAAACUUUUUUUUAAUCUUAAAAGGGAAAGUAAUAUAAUAUUUUGUCUUCCAGGCAAUAAACAAUCAAAAGAUUAAGAAGAUAUUGGUCAUCAAAAUUUAGUUUUAAUUACUGCUAUUUUUUUCUGAUAAACUUGAAUUUCAGAUUCAUGAUGGAGUUAUAUAAAAUAUAUUAAAAUUUAAUUAUAUAUUAAUUUAAAAACAUUUUGCUUUUAAUGCAUGUGUUCUUUGACAUUGGAUUUAAGGUUUUAGAAUAUAUUUGAAAAUCUGUUUUUGUUUACCUUGAAAUCAGUGUUAAUUCAAAACACUAUCUAAAAAUAAAACAGAAUUAAAGGGAAAACUUUUAUUAUCAAGGGUUGCAAUACACUACUAAAGAAAUAAUUUUAUCUUUUAAUGAAUAACUGAAAAUACGAAGUGUUUUGUUGAUAAUGAGACCAAAUCAUCUCCACUUUAUUAUAAUUUCACAUUUUUCCAUUUAAAGAAAACUUUCUAAACAGAUUUAAAAAAAAACUUCUUGCUCAAAUUUUAGAAGUAGUUAAUCUGAGUAUAAGAUCUUCUUUAAAUCAAAGAACUUUUGAUUUAGUUAACUUACAAGGAAAAAUCAUACAGAAGAAUCUCACUACCUUUGUACAUAAUACAUUCUAAAGAAUUACAAAGGUAUUAAAGAAAAACUAUUGACAAAGAAACAUGAAAGAUAGUUCUUAAAUGCAAUUACAGAUGUGGUUUCUACUUCCAAUUGCUUAAUUAAAAAUGCAAAUCAUCAACACAAUGUCCUAUGAAUUUCAAAUUAGAAAGUAGCAGGAUUGGGCUGAAGUGAGAAUACAGAGAAUAGGGCAUUUGCCUUACAUGUAGCAAAUGCAGCUUCAAUCUCUCGAUUUCCAUGUAGGUAGACCCAGCACAGGCAGAAGUGAUACCUGAGCACAGAGCUAGGAGUUAGCCUUGAGCAUAAUCCAGUGUGGCCCCAAAGCAACAACAAUAACAAAAUUUCAAAAAGAAAGCAACAGAAUUACUGAAAAUCUCCUUAGUAAAACUUUUCCUUAUCACUCUUCCUCCUUAAUCAGUUACCUCUUUAUCAUAGUAAUUCCACUUUGGUUGAGAGUAUAAGUUACAAUUCAAAUAAUAAACAGAACAGCUGAGAGGUGACUUUGAAGUGUUCUUUAAAAUAAUAAAGGACAUCCCUACUUCCAGAUUCAAUUUAGUGAGCAGCAUUCUCCAUGUCAUUAGCCCUUGUUGAAAGGAGAAUUAUCUUUAUUCCAAAAUAAAAUAUAUCAUUGCAAAGAAAAUUUCCACAGACAUGAGAAUAUUCAUUUUCAUAUAUCUAAUUAAAAUGUAUAUUUAGGCAUUAUUAUAUGCCUCAACUUUGAAGAUGAAUAAUCUGUGUUCCUGUGUUAAAUGAGCGAUAUUGAUGUGAACAUGCCAACACCAAUUUUAACACAUGUGUAGAUAGUCAUCUUUAAAACAGUCUUAGAAACUGUUCUAGAAAGGUCUAAUGCCAUUUAUAUUUUUUAAAAUUAUGGUGGAUGAAUAAAGCUAAAUCACAAUGAUGAAUAAACAACACAACUUCAAGAUUUUACCUAACUUGAAAUAUUCUCUCCUGAUGCUUAUAAUUAAAGUCUCUUCUACAUUUAGUAAUUUAUAGAAUGAAAUCAUGUACUUGGAGAGAAAUUGCUUCUGUUAAAUUUUCAUUUAAGUACAUCUUCAACUGAGAGAAAAGCCUGCAUAUAAUUAAUUCUAUUAUCUCAUUUUUCAUACAAAUCUCUAACUUUUACUCUCUUCAGAAUUAUCUACCCAAUAAUGUGAUCAGUGAUGUUCUAGCAUUUUCUUUAACUGUACAAGUUUUAUUGCUACAUUAUUUUUGUCUUCAAAAUAAAUUUGCGUAAAACUGUGAUCUUCAGAUAUUCUAUAAUGAAAUCAAUGUCACUGUUUUAAAAAAAAUGUGUGACUGAAUCAGAUUUUUAUCUAUGUAACCGAUAUGAGCAUUGUUAAAUAUAAUUUGUUUCAGUAUGCAUUGGAAUUUUACUUUGAAGCAAAACCUUCAAAAGUAUCCUUUAACUAAUACUGAAUUUGAUGAACAGCUUCCUAGCAAUGAAAGGCACUUUACAUUUUUUCUGUAAUGCUUAAAAUAUAAGCUUUAAUGUGCACAAAUAGUUGUUAUCAAAUUUUUUAUUUGCUUUAAUGUGUAUUUCUUUCCCUGUCAUAUAUGUAAAUAUAUUCAAAGAAAAUUGUAUACAAAUGCUAAUACUAUGCAAAAAUAUCGUUUUCUUCUAAUAGUUAUAAAUUUUGGAAUAAUUAUCAGUUGAGGGGCCGUCAAAAGAAAAGAAAAUCAAAAUGUGAAAUGGAAGUGUAUUUUUGGUAGCACAAUGCUGGAGUAUUUCUAAUACACAUAAAAAUGAGUUAUACUUGGUCUUAAAGCAUUGUAUAUUACUUUAUUUAUGUUCUGUUAUUAAUCAAUUUGUUAACUUUGUCUCAUAUUUUGUCAUUGAAAACUUGAAUAUAGAAUAUAAAUGUCUUUGGGCAAUAUUUUAAAAUUAUGCUAAUAUUGUGCACAUUGCAAACUUCGGUAGUUUAAUUUUAAUUUUAAAGAAAUAAUUAUUAAUGAAAACUGUUAGUUAUACCUUCUCUAAUUACCUUAUACUUUUUGAAAAAAAUCAGAGUAGACCAUUACUACAAAACAUAACAUAUGCUUCAUUAAUAUUGAAGGAAAGACAAAAAGUAGUACAAAAAAUUAAUAUUACAACUACUGAUUUCUUUUAUAAAAACUAUUGAUAUGUGAUAUUACUUGCCAAUAAUGUGAAACUAAAAUACAUUUCAAUAACUAGUCUCUAAUAAAAAUAAAUACACUAAUAUUUAUUAAAAUAUGUAUGAUAAAUGAAAUUUUAACAUAAUAAUAAAAAUAGAAAUUUAUUUUUUUUAAUUGCAUUAAUAAAUCAAGUGGUCAUAGUUAUUAAGAUGUUCAUACUUCUAGUUCUUUUUAUUUUGAAGACAUGUAACCAAAGGAUUUACCAAAAAACAUUGACUAUUGGAGUUUUUAGAAAUGUCAGAGCACUUUAUAUGUGAGUCAAGCCUAUCGAUAAUGAUUAAGGUUUUUCUUUUAUUAUUACACAUAAAAAAUAAGAUGUAGAUAAAACGGUAGAAGUAGAGUCAGUCCUUCAGCAUAAUUUUAUGUAGUAACAUUCUGCAAACUUAAAUAUUCAAAAAUAUUGUGCCUACCUAAUAAUUUUAAAAAUAUCAUGAUUCUUAAAUGCGUAUAACCUUCCAAGGAUAUUGCCUUCUCUUUUCAAUUGUAUUUUGAAAAUCACUUUAUGUUUUAUAAUUCCAUUUAGCUUCAUUAGCAUAUAACUUUUGAAUUCUCAAAAAAGUUUUACUUUUAAUUUUAAUUUAAUUUUAAUUUUUUUAAUUUACUUUUCUUUUAUAUAAUGAUGGUCAGAUAUCCCAUAAAGUUUGCUGCAAAAAAUCAAACUCUUAACUUUCUCAUGGAUGAAAAUGUAGAAAUAAAAUCCUCCAUUGGAUUUAAUUUAUUCAGAACAGUGACCAUAUAUAUUUAUAAUCACUUUUCACUGUUUUCUGUUCAUUCAAUUCUUAAAAUUUUACCAAGAGAGAUAUUUAAAACUAAAGUGAAAAGUCAUUAAAUUUUCACAUAACUUCCUUAUGCUUCAGUAGUAUAGAAAUAUGAUUAAGGAAAUGAAGCAUUUCCUUUUCUCAUUUUAUAAUGUUGAUCACUUUAUUACAACAGAGUUAACUAUAGUUUAAUGUAAAGAACAACUAAGCAUGCUAUGUCCAGUCACUUUUUUUACAGUAUUGAACAGAUAAUAUGACAACGCAAUUAAAAUGAUAAGAAGUCAUGUCUGUUUGAUGGUCCGAAAUUAUUUGAAUCCCAAAUAUACUAAAAUAAGCAUUUGCAUAAAAUAGCACAUUGAUUUAUUUAAAUAUAUCUAUCUAUGAUUCAUUUAUUAAAUUGUUUACUGAAACUAUCAUGUAAUAAUAUUCAGUUCUAAGAGCUUAGAAUACAGGGUGACCAAUACAAGCAAAUGUCCCUGUCUCAUAGAAUUGACCUCUGAGUGUAAAGACACUCACAUAGAGUGACAUAUGCUGUGCAAAUGGUUAGAUUAAUAUAACAUAGCAUGACUGUGGUUUCUUUAUAUUAAGUGGUAAGGAAAUCCUCUUUGGCAAUAUGACACUGAAGCUGUUAGAUGAAAAGUGUAAAAUCAUGAGACAAUCUAAGGAAAGAGUAUUCCAAGCUGAAAGAACGGCUAGAGUUUUGAAUGUUUGGGGUUAUAGAGAACUUGGCUCAGUAUACAGAUGGACCAGAACUUGGAUGGGUUCAAGGAACACAUAUGAGGAUAUGACAGUAAUCUAAGACAAAAUUUGUGGUUUUUGUAAAAUGGAAGUAGUGACAAUUGAGAGCUGUUGAUGAAUUUGAGUUAUGUUUCAAAAGUUUUCAAAUAAAUUGUGAAUGAUAGGAAGGAAAAAAAUCAAAGAAACAUUGUAUAUUUGGGAAAUAACAGGCUGGGUCAGGGGCAGAGAAAAAGCACAUUCGAAGUUCGGUUUUAGUCAUUAAUGCCUGAGAUAUCUAAUAAGUAAUCAAAUGGAGACAUCACUAGGACACUUCUAAAGUGCAAUAAUGUGGGCUGGAGAGAUAUACAAUGGGUUGGAACUUGUCUCACAUAUAGCCUACCCAUAUUCAGUCCCCAGCACCUCAUAUGGUCCCCUGAGCAUGACCAAGAAUGACCUCGGAUCUUGAGAGAGCAAGGAGUAAGCCCUGAGAAAAGCCAGGUGUGGCCCCCAAACCAAAAAUGAAUAAAUAAGAAAUAAAGUGCAAUAACAUAUUCCAGAAUGGCAACAUUUGUAACUCAAUGGUUUAUAUAGAAUCAUGUAUCACUUAGUGACUGUCAAAACAGACAGCCUAUUUUAUGGUGGCCCCAGUGUGCAAUUCCAUAUACCCUAAACUAUACCAUCUAGGUUUAUGAAUUAUUUUCUAUAAAUUUUGCACCAUGAAAUUGUGAGACACAUAUCUUAGAAUGUAUGUCCAUCAUUAAACAACAUCUGACUGACACUAUAUGUUAAAGUUCUGACAUCAUCUUGGAAAAUGCUGUAAAAUUAAGAAGUAGGGCUUUAUUGAAGUCUGAGCCAUUCCAAUACUUACAUAUUAAGCAGAGAAUUAGAAGCAACAGAAUUAAAGGAGGAGUAAAAUGAAAUGAAAUUGGUACACUAUGUUAAACAUUUUUAAGAAAUUAAGAUGAGAACAUCUCCAUUUCGAGACUGGUACCUGCUCGAGCAAAUCAAUGAGCAAUGAGAUGACGGUCACAGUGAUACAGUGAUAAAAUGAGAACGAAGAAUUAGCCUUAGACUUAGCAACUUGGAGGUUACUGAUGACCUUAACAAAAGCAGUCUUGAAGUAGUGAAGUUGAAGCCUUACUGAUAUGGAUUAACACAAUAUUUUAGGGGGGAAAAGUGUUGUCAGUGUCUGUAAAUGGCUAUAAAGAACACAAGAUAUGUUGUAUCUGAAUGUAUACUGGGUACUCAAUAAUGUUUGAGGGUGUGUGUGCACCAGAGAUAGGAUCCUACAGCGAUGCUACAGCAUUCUUGCAUUCUGAGAAUGAUCUGGUAGAAGGGGGGGAAGUGAAUAUACAAGAGAUAAUAAAUAACAAAAAUGCCUUGGGAAGUAGAAGGGUUAGGAUUAGUAGCAAAAGUAGGAAGAUAGUUUUUGAUAGAAACGAGUACAGAACUGCAAUGGAAGGGUAGGUGGUGUGUAUAUUACGCAGAUAGGUAGAUUUGUGAUAGAAAGAUAAGGAUAGUGUUCUGGGAAUAGUUUUAUUGUACUAAAUAAAAAUAUAGGGAGUGGGAACAAAGAGAGAAGUGUCAGUAUUUGCAAAGGAGAAGUGAAUGUGUAUGUGUGUAUACAUAGCACAGUCAAUGGGUAUUUGUGUAUAUGUAAUAUACCUUAGGAAAAAGACCUUUUGUGUAAAAUAUUAUGAAGCCAUUUUAACUAAAUAUUUUCGAGACCUCUUAUUUGGAAGACUGGAACUGAACUCUGUGCUUUCCAAAGACUCUGAUGACAGAAUACUCUUUUUUUAUAAUGUUGAGAUUCAGUGAGGACUUCUCAAUGCCAUAAGCACUUCCCACAUUGUUAUUUUUGUCUGCUACAGUAUACAGAUCAGAAACAUCUUGUAUCUUUUCUUUUAUAAACUAUAUAAAAAUUAAAGAUAGCUUAGUCCUGAAAGAUGUGUAUUGUUUACUUAAGCUGUUGGGUUUUUUUCAAGGAAGCUUUUGAACUACCAUGUGAAUUUUUAAAAAGAAGAGUCUACUCAAUCAAACAAUACUUUUAUUCUGUUUUUGCUUUCAUAUGAAAACUAUCAUCAUUUAGGAGAAACACAUGGGCAAUAUGGUUGUUCACUGUGUUUUCCUUACUUGAUAGGAAAGAUAUAAGCUUAUCUAUGUAAACUUUUAAUUGUAGUUGGAGUUUUAUUUACAAGUGGGCUAUAUGUAAUUCAAUGUAUUGAGAUUUAUAGGCAUAUUUUUGUUAUUUGGAUUUGAUGUAAAAUUAGCUUUUGAAUAAUGGGAUAUGAUUUUCUCCUUUUGCUACUUAAGCAUAGCCAAAUUGCAAAGAUAUUUGUGUACAUGUUAAUAUUUGACUAAACACAUAAUACUUAAAUGGCCAAGUCAAAUUUUAAGUGGUUGAUGACAUUACAGUGAAUUUAAAAUAAAAGAAUUCAUUCAAAUCUUUGUAACACAAAUCCUGGAUAGUUUUAUUAGUUUAAAUCUUAACUACUACAUUUAGACAAAAUACCUAGAUAAUGAUCCUAGGAUGAGAUACUUAAUCCAUUAUAAGGCAAUAUUUAACUAAUGAAAACUGGAGCUGAAAACAUUUUUCCUUCCUAUAAGCCUAUAAGUAUGAAUGAUUUUCAAAUGUAUCUUUACAGCCUGUCAAAAAGUUAUAUGUCAUUAAUUACUUUUAUUAAUAGAUUCAAUAUCAUGUCCAUAUAUUCUUGCAAUGUGGGAAAAGAUCUGUGACAAUAAGAAAUUGCUAUACUGUCUUCUCCUCAACCCACAUUUUGAUAUUGCAUCAUUAUUUAGAGCUUCACUAUAAGCCUUCCACUCAGGUUCACAGCCUAAGUUCUAUUUUUGGCUUAACAAUAUGCAGUACAUAUAGUAAAGGGUGUUGACAAUUGAACUGCAGUCCUACUCACUGUAACAGGGCAGCUGUCCAGACUUACUCAAAGGUCUUGAAGAUGGUAUUGUUUUCAUCUUAGAAAAAUCUACUGUAAUAUUAUGAAGUUCCAAGUAAAUUUUAAUGUGCUGGCAUGCUUACAGAUUAAUAGUGUUAUAGAAUGCUCGGCUCUCAGUGAGGGAUUGUUUGUGGUGAAUUGCAUUACACAUGUCAUCUAUUUGCUGAAAGAAUAUGGUGUUUAGCAAAACUACCUGCUGAGCACCAUAAUAAGAUUUUUGUACAAAGUACAAAUUACUAAUUAUUGUAUUUUAUUUUUCUAUGAUUUCCUAAGAGGUAUUAUCAGGGUCUUACAGAUGGGGUAAGCCUGUUUAUUAAAAUAUCUAUUAGCAAAUAAAAGUUACAGUUCUGGUGGUUGAA